GUGGCCACCGACUUUCCUUUCCUUUCCUUUCGAGAACCGCUUGUGGGAGGAACAAGGGUUUACGGACGCUUAAACCCCAAAAAUGGCGAUGGCGAUGGCGAUGAGGACUGCCACAACCGUCGCGGCUGCCGGUCCCCGUGGCCUCAGAUCGCUUUUCUCAACUCUUUCUACUAACUUCCCUUUUCCUUCACAGCCGGCCAAUCAACCACAGAGGCCGCAGGCUGAACCUUCUACCAACCUCUUCGUAUCAGGUCUUAGCAAACGCACAACUGAUGAAGGACUUCGAGAAUGCUUUGCGAAGUUUGGUGAAGUUGUUCAUGCUAGAGUAGUAAAAGACCGUGCAUCAGGUUGGUCAAAAGGGUUUGGCUUUGUACGAUAUACCACACUUGAAGGGGCUGCUGCAGGCAUCGAGGGAAUGGAUGGAAAGUUUUUGGAUGGUUGGGUUAUAUUUGCAGAAUAUGCGAGGCCAAGAGACCCUUCUCCUCCACCACCUCCUUCCUAUGGGAACAACCAAUAUGGCCAGCAAUGAAAGAUCGAUCAAUGAACUAUAUAAGUUUGGGUGCGUCUAUGAUAAUCACUGUAUUUUUUCAACUAUUUGAGCAAGAAAGUUUUGACCUUCAUUUAUUAUAGCACAGGUAAUAUUUACGUGUUACGUUAAAGUCAGUCUAUCAGGUUGCUCGUUGGAAAACAAUAGAUCGUUGCCAUUUUAGUCAACGAUGCCUAAUGUUAUAUCGAAUUUCUUUUUGUUUUUAUUAAUCAAACCUUUUCUC